UUCCUUCCUUCUUUUCCUCUCUGUCUGUACCUCACUACUUUCUUCACAUUUCAUUCCUCUUCUUCCCCAGGCUCCCUUUCUCUCUCUAAAACCCUAAAUCUUUCCUUUUUCUUUACUUUUCUUUAUCUCUCAAAAAACAAAAACAAAAACAAAUACAGGGGUUUUUUUUUUCCUUUCUAAAUUAAUAAAUGGAUUUAUGGGUAGCGUUUAUGUCACUAGUAUUAGUGUUAAGUCCAUGCUUCGGGUCAGCUGGGGACAUAGUACACCAAGACAAUAUUGCUCCGAAGAGGCCUGGUUGCGACAACAACUUCGUACUGGUAAAAGUCCCAGUGUUGGUAGAUGGUGUAGAGGAAGCUGAGUAUGUUGGUGUCGGUGCUCGUUUUGGUCCUACCUUGGAAUCGAAGGAGAAACAUGCUAAUCACACUAAACUUGCUAUGGCAGACCCUCCUGAUGGCUGCACCAAACCGAAAACUAAGUUUUCAGGGGAAUUCAUUCUUGCACACCGAGGAAAUUGCAGCUUCACAACCAAGGCAAAUAUUGCUGAAGAUGCAGGUGCUUUAGCAAUAAUUAUAAUAAACAACCAGACAGAACUUUUCAAGAUGGUCUGUGAAACAAAUGAGAGUGAUGUAGAGAUAGGCAUUCCCACUGUCAUGCUCCCGCAAGAUGCCGGUGCAAACUUGGAAAGGUGGCUAAAGAACAGCUCCAUGGUUUCUUUGCAAGUAUACUCUCCUCGGCGUCCGCCAGUGGAUGUUGCGGAGGUGUUUUUGUGGUUGAUGGCUGUCAGUACGAUAAUAUGUGCUUCUUACUGGUCGGCACGGAGCGCAAAAGAAGCAGCUAUGGAGCUGGAUAAGCUCUUAAAGGAUGGUUCGGAUCUAGAUAUGGAUGGGUUUGGUUCUAAUGGUGCUGUGGACAUUAGUGUGCCAUCAGCCAUUCUCUUUGUUGUUAUUGCUUCUUGUUUUCUGGUUAUGUUAUACAAACUCAUGUCAUUCUGGUUCAUUGAGGUUCUGGUGGUUCUAUUUUGCAUUGGUGGCAUAGAGGGCCUCCAAACUUGCUCGGUGUCUUUAUUAUCUUGUUUCAGAAGGUUUCGACAUGCUGGGGAGUCGUUUAUUAAAGUUCCCUUGUUCGGAGAUGUCUCAUAUCUUACGUUAGCAGUUUCUCCCCUCUGCAUUGCAUCUUCUGUUCUUUGGGCAGUUUAUCGACGCUAUUCGUUGGCUUGGAUUGGGCAGGAUAUCCUUGGCAUUGCAUUGAUAAUCACAGUUCUUCAGAUUGUUCGUGUACCAAACCUCAAGGUUGGAACAGUUCUUCUCAGUUGCGCAUUCUUGUAUGACAUUUUCUGGGUUUUCGUAUCAAAAUUGUGGUUCCGUGAGAGUGUAAUGAUAGUGGUAGCUCGUGGUGAUAAGAGUGGAGAAGAUGGAAUCCCGAUGUUGCUUAAGAUUCCGCGGAUGUUUGAUCCCUGGGGUGGCUUCAGCAUAAUUGGGUUCGGUGAUAUUAUAUUACCCGGAUUGGUGGUAGCUUUUUCACUAAGGUAUGAUUUUCUGGCAAAGAGAAGUUUUCGAGCGGGUUACUUCGUUUGGGCGAUGACUGCAUAUGGUUUAGGUCUCCUUGUCACUUACGUCGCUUUGAACAUGAUGGAUGGACAUGGCCAGCCGGCUUUGCUUUACAUUGUUCCGUUCACGCUCGGCACUUUUCUGACUUUGGGAAAGAAAAGAGGAGAACUCAAAACUUUAUGGUCAAAAGGAGCACCAGAGGGGCCCUGCACUCACAUCCGACUCCAACCGUCACAGUAGCAUAUGCCACAAAAGUUGUAUGUAAACCCCCCCUUUCACCCCCACGCCCAAGCCACAGUCCAGUAGGUAUAGUCAGUACAGGCAGCGCAGGAGUUUAGUCUGCAUAUAAGGUAUAGGAUGUAGAACUUGUAGAAUAAUCGAUAUAGCACUUGGGCUUUUAGGAUGCAGUGCACAAAAAAUGUAACCCCUGCUUUUACAUAGGCAUGAGUACUAUUACGAGCCAAAUCAGUGAGAGACUGCUCUAAGAGUAGGACCAUCUGAAAUUGAAUUCUCUAAUGCUAGAAUUUUUACUGAAAGCUGGAGUCAAAUGUCUGGGUUUGUGGGGAUUACUUGAGCUUCUUGAAGGUUUGGGUCCUUAAGUUUCCAGUUGAGCUCGUCAAAUGCUAUUUAUGCUAGAAAUUGUGACUUAAAAGGGGAGGGUGAUUGUUCAAUUA